AUGACAAUUCAACAAAUCCAAGAUGAAUGGAUCGAAAUUCGACCCGGUCGCAAGCUGUUUGUCCGUCAUUGGAUCCUCAAUAGUGCUGAGGCUGUGAAGAAAACAACUACCAUCAAUCUAGUUUGUGUUCAUGGAACGGCAGCUAGUCAAGAACAAUACCUGCCCCUAUGGAAAGCGUUGGAUACGACUGCUACUACUAGUAGUAGUAGUAGUAGUAGUAGUAAGGAAGGCGACGACGACAAUCACAAUAUUUGCAUUCACGUUUGGGCCUAUGACGCCGUUGGAUGCGGAAAAUCACCAAAACUGGAGAACUCUUCUUCCUAUACAGACGACGAACAAGUCCAAGAUUUGACCAUUUUAAUUGAAAAUCAUGUCCAACAACAAAAGCAACAAAACCACACAACUUAUUUCAUGGGACAUUCCUAUGGUCCUACAUGGAUUUACAAGUAUCUUUUGAGGCCGCAGCAGCAGCCUAAGAAUAAUAUUGGUGGAUUGAUAUUGAUAUCAAGCGGCUUGCGAUGCCAAGAAUUGGUCGUUUGUGGCCCCAAAAUCUUUCACUACCUGCCCCUUUGGCUUUUGAAUUGUAUGCAACCCAUGCUGACGGCCAAUUUUCUGAAGAUUGGUUUUAGCCCAACGACUCACAAGGAACAACCGGAACUUAUUGAAGCCGCCAAGUCGGACAACAAUCAGAACGACAUGCAAACUUGCGUCUAUUACUAUCAAGCCCACGAUUGGUUGGCCCAUGUCAAUCCUUCAGAAUUGCUGCCCAGCAGCAGCAGCAGCAAUAGGAGCAAAUCUUCAUCCAUCUUGGUGUUGCACGGCACCGACGACGAAAUGGUUCCGAUUCACUGUGGACAGGCCUUGGCCAAUGCAUUGGAGACGGAUCUGGUCAGUGUACCAAAUGCUAGUCACAUGGUAUUGCUAGAACAACCACAAAUUUUAGCCCAACACAUCUUGGCCUUUAUCAAGAAACAACAACAACAACAACAAGAGCACUAG